AUGACGAAGGAAACAGCUUCUUAUUGCUCCCUUCGAACACACUUUCUGUCUCAGUUCAACCUGUCUUUCUCUGUUUUCCAGUACCAGGUCGGCCAGCUGUACUCUGUGGCUGAGGCCAGUAAGAAUGAGACGGGUGGAGGAGAAGGAGUGGAGGUGCUCAAAAAUGAGCCCUACGAGAAAGAUGGAGAAAAGGGACAGUACACACACAAAAUCUACCAUUUGCAGAGUAAAGUGCCGUCGUUCGUCAGAAUGUUGGCUCCAUCUUCAGCUCUCAACAUCCACGAGAAAGCCUGGAACGCAUACCCAUACUGUCGCACAGUUAUCACUAACGAGUAUAUGAAAGAGAACUUCCUGAUUAAGAUUGAGACAUGGCACAAACCGGACACGGGACAUCUCGAAAAUGUUCAUGGUUUGGAUCCAGAAACCUGGAAGAAGGUGGAUGUAGUCUAUCUUGAUAUCGCUGACAGGACCCAAGUGGAGCCGAAGGACUACAAGCCAGAGGAGGAUCCUUGUAGGUACAAGUCAGUGAAGACGGGACGAGGCCCUCUAGGACCCGACUGGAAGAAGGAACUUCCUAAGAAGACAGACUGCCCGCACAUGUGUGCCUACAAACUGGUCACUGUCAAAUUCAAGUGGUGGGGCCUGCAAAACAAAGUGGAGAGCUUUAUUCAAAAGCAAGAGAAGCGUUUGUUCACUAAUUUCCACCGUCAGCUGUUUUGCUGGAUCGACAAGUGGAUCGACUUGAACAUGGAAGACAUUCGUCGCAUGGAGGAGGAGACACGCAAGGAGCUAGAUGAGAUGAGAGUGAAGGACCCAGUGAAAGGGAUGGUGGCUCUAGAGGACUGAGGUUGUGUCGGACCGUGAAUGCUGCUGCUCAUCAGCCCGGACUACCCAGACACCAGCGGAUUCACUUCCUCUUAAUAUUCCAACUGACACGACACCUGACCGGCCGGUCCACCCCCCCCCCCACACUCCCCUCCCGCUGUACAAUCUGGUUUUCAGGGACCUGGACCCAGUAAACUCCCAGUUUUCAGAUGAUCUCCUCCAACCCAUCCCACCUCCCUUGAGUCCCAUCCACCUCUUUUUAGUUUUUCCAUCCAGUGUCCCCAUCUUAUUUCCUGCUGAGGCCUCCAGUAGCGACACUAUAGAUCCUACAGUCCUUCUUCGUUCUUUCUCUGUCACUAAACUGUUCUAAGCUACAGAGGAAAUGGUGUCAUUUAUCUCUGCAAUUUAGGAUUUGUUUCUACUUUAAAUAUCCCAAUGGUGUAUAUGUACAGUAUGCCGUAUAUAGGGGAGUUGAAUAAUUGUAUUGAAAUAUAUAUAUAUAUAAAUAUAAAUAUAUAUGAACAGGGUUUUUAAAAGGAUUUGUCUGUAAGUUUGUCUGAGGAUGUUUAGUUUUUCCAGACCAAGCUGUGCUCAUUGUUGAGUUCUGAUCCUGUGAUUUUCUUUCUUUAUUGGAUGGGGGAGGCGUUUUCAUAACACCUCCAUCUCUACAUUUGUGUCAUGCAAUGUUUCCUUUUGUUGUCCAAAUCAAUUUGCAAAGUCCACCAACUGCAGCUGCAAAGUUGGGAUUGUGCUGAGAGUGUUAUGUAGUCUCUGCUAUACUCCUGACCUAAUAUCUCCUGUAAUAUGCUGAGGCAUUCGUUGGCUUUCCUGCGGCUUUGUGAGUUUGUGGGUGUGUUUGUGUAGCGUUGUAAGGUCAUCAAGGUUUUCCUGCCAUGUUUUUUUAUUUUUUUAUCUCAUCAGGUCAUUCCUAGCUCUGUAGUUUCAUCAGGCUGUGCAAACAGAAAAUGCAGUAAUUCUCACAUGCAGUAAUGACACACACACACACACACACACACACACACACACACACACACA